AUGGUCUUUGAAUUCCCAGAAGGUGUUCCCGGAGAGGUCGGUACCUGGGUGAGUUUAGUGUGAAUUGAAUGCGCUGAGCGGGUGGAAUUGGAGAUCGGACAUACCGACGAGGAAGGAACUUCGCCACGGAAGGCGCAGACUUUUCCACUUAAACCAGAGACUGUUCACCGGACUCAUUGGGCCCUGAGUGAUGAGGGUGGAAUUGGGGAAGUCGGACGGAGAUUGAGCCGGGCGUGUAGGAGGGUGGCCGAAGGAAGGAAGAAAACGCGAAGCGAAUAAUAGUUAAUGCGAAUCAGGCGGAUGAUGAUUCGGCAGAGGGAGACAAUCUGCCGCGGCACGUCAUCGGCGGAGGCGGAGGCGGAGGGUAUUCUUGCCGUGUAUUGCCCGUACGGUAAGGUUGGACCCGAGGCAAGGCGGCCAGGCAGUCAGGCAGCCAGGCAGCCAGGCCAGCGGCAGGCAGGCGUAUUAAUUCUUUCUCCUUCGGCGAUGAUGGAAGAUUCCAUCCGGGCUUCCAUCAUCCAUUCCACUCCCGCAUUCCUUCCCUUCCUCGCCGUCGCCUGUCUCGACGCUGUUUAUCUUCUUCUACCAUCACCGGCUGGAGAUCUGUGCGAUUCAACAACUCAAUAUCUUGUCUGCAAGCGGACACUUCUGUUCUUUGCUCGAGUCCGUCGUCCCGGACCCUUUGUACUCCGGAUCUCGAUCCCCUCCUGAACCCCUGUCUGUGACGUACCCGUUCGUCCCACCCGCAGCCACAGCCACUAUAAACAGCGAAACCCCCCCCCCCCCCCCCUAUUCC